AUGCUAUUGGGAUGCCACAAUGCCGAUGGUGUGGCUUCAGAAAAGGAAGAGCAAAUGAUGGGACGUAUGACGAGACCAUGCAACGCUGCUGUUCCACGGCGUGAGUCCUCGCAAAAAGCCGGUCAAACUAGUGGUGGAAUGAAAAGAUCGCGGAGUUGCGGACUGCAUGUUUUCCAGCUAAAAGGAACUGCCAACGAUCUAGAGGAAUACCGGACUUCAACAAGAAACCGGGAACCUUCAAGCAAAUUAUCAUAUCAGACAAAUUCAGACAGUUGCAUUGACUCCUCAACGCUUGAUUGUUCCCACACUGAUUUCAAAUAUCGCACCAUUGAUGGGUCAUGUAAUAACCCCUUCUAUCCAUCUUCAGGAAUGGCCAACACAGCAUAUCAAAGAUUAUUGGCACCAAAUUAUGCUGACGAAAUACAUUCAAUGCCUGUGUCACGAAGUAGAAAUCCUUUACCAAGUGCUAGACUUCUUUCUUAUAAAGUGUUUGGACGAGAUACAAUUCCUGAUCCUCAUUUCACAUUACUAAACAUGCAAUGGGGUCAACUGAUUGCACACGAUACAAGUCUUCACUUGGAGAAUGGCGUUCCUGGACUAAAACCCUUGGAAGAAAAACUACAAAUAUGCUGCAAUACCUCAGGCAGAUAUGAAAAACGGAUGUCAGCAUUAAUCUGCCGCCCAAUUCCUGUGCCGAAGGACGAUCCAUAUUUAAAAGGCAAAGAGUGCAUCGAUUUUGGUCGAUCAGUUACUGAUAAAGAUUUUAACUGUCCCAGGACAAAACAUCCAACUCACGCCGAGCAACUCAAUGGUAACACGCAUUACUUGGACUUAUCCUUUGUAUAUGGAAGCUCAGGAGAACUCAGUUACGCUUUAAGGUUAUUUGACAAAGGGUUACUUAGAACUAAUGACUUUAGACGUAAAUGGCCACCUAGGCCAGAAAACCCGGAAUCUCAAUGUCCUCUUGGUCGGUCUGGAGGAAUAUGUUAUGAAUUUGGGGAUAUUCGCGGGAACCAAAAUCCUGGUCUAACAGUUCUACAAAUUGUCUUCCUUCGUGAGCAUAAUCGAUUGGCACGAGAGCUCCGCAAGCUGAACAGUCAUUGGGAUGACGAGACUUUAUUCCAGGAAGCUCGAAGGAUUAAUAUAGCGCAAUUCCAGUAUAUUUCAUACUACGAAUGGAGCUUGGUAUUUUUUGGAAAUGAAAGGAUGCGACGAUAUGAUCUGAUCUUCAAUACUCACAAUGGUGAAUAUGUCAAUGAUUAUGAUCCGCACGUUCAAUUAAGAAGUAUUCAGUCUUUUCAACAUGCAGCAUUCAGAUAUUUUCAUGAUCAGAUUGUGGGUCUUCUACAGUAA